AUGCCGGUGCAGCAGAAGCGGCAGUUUCGGAAGCGGAAAGCGCUCGAGGAGGACGGGGAUGGCGGAGGGGAGCCCGAGGAGCAGAAGGACGUCCGGUCUGCGCUAGAGGAAGUGCGCCUGCUGCAGCAGCAGCGCGUGCGCCUCAAGGGGAUAGCAGCGGACGGGGCGCUCACAGGCGCGGAAGGGGCGGAGGGGAAGGGGGGAGGCGCGGGGGCGCAGGGGGAGACGGGGGAGGAAGGAGAAGGGGGGGAGGAGCUGGUUCUACAGGACACGUUUGCGCAGGAAACGGCGAUUACUGUAGAAGACCCGAACAUGCUCGCGUACAUUGAGGAGGAGCUGGCGAAGCGGCGAGGGGGUGUUGCGCUCAAGUACAUUGAGGAGGAGCUGGCGAAGCGGCGAGGGGGAGGGGCGGGGGCAGCUGGGGGCGGCAGGGGGGAGGGGGAGGGGGAGGAUGAAGUGUUGCGGGCUGAAGACAAGCUGUAUGAGAUUCCUCAGCACUUGCAGGUGGGGAAGCUGGAGGGGGAGGAGGGCGGAACAGCAUGGACGACGGGCAUUGCGGAGGUGCAGCUGCCCAUUGACUACAAGCUGGGCAACAUCGAGGCCACAGAGGAGGCCAAGCGCAUGAUGCAGGAGAGACGGCCGUGGAUGAACCGCCCCCGCCCUCCGUCCACCACGCUGCCUGCCAGCUACAGUGCAGACUUCUUUCAGCGCGGCCGUGAAUACGCGGAGAAGCUUAAAAGGGACAACCCCGAUAUUGAUACCAGUCCUGCUGGUGCUGCUGGUGCUGCCGUUGCUGCUGCUGCUGCUGCUGUUGCUGGUGCUUCGACUGCUGCUGCUGCUGCUGCUGCUGGUGCUGGUGCUGCCAGUGAAAAGGAGCUGAUUUAUGCCUCUAUCGCAAAACACCUUUUCUUUCCAUCCGUGAUGCCUUUGUCCGUCCCGUCGCCUUUCCGUCGCCCUCGCAAACACACGCGUGACGGCCCUCCCGUCGUCGUCACGGUCUCCCCUCUCGGUCCAUUAUUUUCCCGUUUACCCCUCUUGUCCCCUCGACCUCGCGAUUUCCCUCCGAUCCCGUCGCCUUCCCGUUCUCCCGCCCCUCGCCUUCGAUGUCCCCUCUUCCUUCCCGUCGCCCUCACGAUCUCCCUUCCCUCACGUUGCCUUCGAUGUCCCCCUUUUCCUUCCGUCGCCCUCGCGAUAUCCCUUCCCCCUCCCGUCGCCUGUCCGCUCUCUCUCCCGUCGCCUGUCCGCUCCCCCCGCCCUCGCCUUCGUGCUCCCUCUCCCGUCGCCUUCGUGCUCUCCCUCCCGUCGGCUUCGCGCCCUCCCUCCCGUCUCCUUCGCGCCCUCCCUCCCGUCUCCUUCGCGCUCUCCCUCCCGUUGCAUGUCCGCCCUCCCUCCCUUCGCCUUCACGCUCUCUCUCCCGUCGCCUGUCCGCUCCCCCUCCCCUCGCCUUCGUGCUCUCCCUCCCGUUGCCUGAACCCCCGUCCCUCCCUUCGCCUUCGCGCUCUCUCUCCCGUCGCAUGUCCGCUCCUCCUCCCCUCGCCUUCGUGCUCUCUCUCCCGUCGCCUUCGUGCUCUCCCUCCCGUCGGCUUCGCGUCCUCCCUCCCGUCUCCUUCGCGCCCUCCCUCCCGUCUCCUUCGCGCUCUCCCUCCCGUUGCAUGUCCGCCCUCCCUCCCUUCGCCUUCGCGCUCUCUCUCUCGUCGCCUGUCCGCUCCCCCUCCCCUCGCCUUCGUGCUCUCCCUCCCGUUGCCUGAACCCCCGUCCCUCCCUUCGCCUUCGCGCUCUCUCUCCCGUCGCCUGUCCGCUCCUCCUCCCCUCGCCUUCGUGCUCUCUCUCCCGUCGCCUUCGUGCUCUCCCUCCCGUCGGCUUCGUGCCCUCUCUCCCGUCUCCUUCCCGCCCUCCCUCCCGUCUCCUUCGCGCUCUCCCUCCCGUUGCAUGUCCGCCCUCCCUCCCUUCGCCUUCGCGCUCUCUCUCCCGUCGCCUGUCCGCUCCCCCUCCCCUCGCCUUCGUGCUCUCCCUCCCGUUGCCUGA